AUGCGACCCUCCACCACCCCGCUAUCAGCGGACCUCCCACCGCUGAUAAUGGGUACCGCAACCUUCAACUCCCAAUAUAACGCCGACCCAUACACCCUCCCAACGACAGAACUAGUGCAGCGGGCGCUAGCCUGCGGUAUCCGCGCCUUCGACACUUCCCCCUACUACGGCCCCGCCGAAGAGCUGCUCGGCCGCGCGCUCGCAACAGAACAUGUCCAGCGCCACUACCCGCGAGACACAUACCGACUCCUCACGAAGGUAGGUCGCGUUGCUGCGUCGGCGUUUGAUUACUCGCCGAAUUGGAUCCGACACUCCGUGCGGCGCAGUUUGAAGCGGCUGCAUACGACUUAUCUGGAUGUGGUGUAUUGUCACGAUGUGGAGUUUGUGCCUCCCGCCGACGUGCUGGGCGCAGUGCGGGAGUUAAGAAGGUUGCGAGAUGAGGAAGGUGGUGUUGUGCGCUAUAUUGGGAUCUCGGGUUAUCCCGUGGAGAGGCUGAGUGAGCUCGCGGAGAUGGUGCUGCGGGAGACGGGCGAGCCCCUGGAUGCGGUGAUGAGUUAUGCCAAUUUCACACUGCAGAAUACCCGGCUGCAAUCCGCUGCGCUGCCGCGGCUCCUCGCUGCGGGUGUGGAUGUGGUCCCGAAUGCCUCGCCGCUGGGCAUGGGCCUGCUGCGCCGCGACGGCGUGCCUAUCGGGUCGAUGGGCGACUUCCACCCCGCGCCGGAUCCGCUGCGUCGCGCGAUCCAAUGUGCGUCGGACUGCGCGGCAGACCACGGCGAGAAACUGGAGGUCGUUGCGAUUCGCUUCGCUCUCGAGUCCUGGCUCCGCGCUGGAGCCAAGGCAGGCGCACUGGGAGCACCACUCGCUCGCGCGGCCGACGCAGACCCGGGAUUCUUGUCCGUCGCCAACAUCGGCACGGGCCGCAGACUAGGCGUCAGCGUGAUGGGGGUGAGCAAUGUCGCCGAGCUGGACGAGACGCUUCGAGUCUGGCACAGUAUCCUCCACGGGCUGGAGAACUGGGACGACGACGACGAGCUGGUGGACCUCGACACGCUUCAAUCCGAGGCGCUUGCUGCCAACCGCAGAACUCCCAAUAACGAAACGAACGCCAAGGGGCCCGUUCCUUCGUCUGCCGAACAUGCCUCCAGCAUCCUUACGCCCUCUGAAGGCCUCAUCACCGAUCGCGCUUGGUCUUCCACGCGCUGCGCUCAGAUCCUGGGGUUGGCUCGUGAGAUCCGCAGUGUACUCGGUGAGGAGUGGAUUGAUUAUGUAUGGGCGAGUCCGCCGGCGGACUUUGUGAAUUUGUUGCCUGAGGAGCAUAUUGCUACUUUGCAGCAACUAGCAAUAGAUAUGGGGAAGACGGAGGAAGAUGCGUAUACCCCUGGUGGGCCGGAUCGGAUGCUCACGCCGCCCUUGGAUGUGGAAAAGCAAUUUGAAUAG